AUGGAGAUGUGCAAUCGCCAUCGCAACGUAGAUUGUUUGGGCUCUUUCCUGUUGCACUCGCUUCGAUUGUGGCAAGAGUGGGAGGCUGUGCACAACCCGAAGAAAUUGGGAGCUCGCACAGAGCAAGCAGUUCGGAGUCAUCUUCAUGGCACUACUUUGAGGCCACCGCCCAUUUUUGUUGGCGACAAAGCUGGUGCUGAGUCUACAGUAGCUGCAAAAUUGAAGGCGUGGCUGAGCUCGGAAGAUGGCCGUUGGUGGAAGGAGCAAAGAUCCGCUCUGUUUGUGUCAAAGGCCGCUGCUAGUGACGAUGAGCUGGCAGAGCACGCCGCGGACUUGGCGGAGCAUUUGGAGCUCUCGGAAAGCGCCUGCGCGCGGCUUGUCGGCGGCGCCCAGGGUGCUUUGGCCGCAGUCCUGCCGAACAGCGGCGGAGGCCAAAAGCCUGAGUUGAGCUCCCUGCGCACCGUUAGCACCGCUCCGGGCGGUAAAGCCACGACCGUCGCCGGUCUGGGCAAGAGGUCAGCAAGUAUUUGCCCUGCGCUGACGAUCGAGGCGGCCUACAAAGACGGGUUGCCUCGGACGCAAAGUGCCUUCCCCUGCUGGAAGGAUCCCGUGAGCGGUGAAGACGCCAUCAACCGAACAGCCACCGUCCAGGUGGAGGGCCUGCUUUGUGGCGUGUUCUCCAAUUUGCAGAUCAAGGACCGCAGCUUGUCGGUGCGUGAGGUGCCACGGAAGGAUGCGCACAUCAAGGAGAAGGAGCUCACAGAGGAUAAAGAUGAGAUCGAGGAGCUGGAACGAGGGGGAUCGAGACCGUCCCUCUUCCACACUGACACCUUGGGCAAUUUCAAUGGCUUCAGCAAUCGGGCACUGCUGAAGGAGAAGAUUGAGGCAGGUGUCUCUUCCACCUCGCUGGACCAUGGGCAGACAGGGACCGUCUAUGCCUUGGAGGCCGGAGAUGACAAGAUCGCGGUCUUUAAGCCAGUGGAUGGUGAGAAGUUCUCCCGAAAGAGUCUGGAUGCGGGCUCAGGCGCCGUGCGGGAGGAGGCCGUCUACCUGGUGGACCGCAUGUGUGGCUCGAAGGCUGGUGUGCCAGUCUCCAGUCGGGCGACCAUCAAGGUGGGCGAAGACGUCAUGGAAGGCUCAGUUCAAGCCUUCAUGAUGGAGGUCCAAGGCUUCAUCGAAGACUAUGCCAUGCCCCGCGAUCUGGAGCGCGCCCAUGCCUUCGUGGCCCAGGAGAACGCCGAAGCUUUGGCGCUCUUGGAUAUGCGUGUCUUCAACAUGGAUCGGCAUCCUGGCAAUUUGCUCCUACUCAAAGAGGAGCAUCCAAGAGAGGGGCCCUGA